AUGCAGGACACCGUGUCGAUGCGCCCGUCCUUCUGCACUUGGGUCGACGGCUCGCCCAUGCACUUCUUCGCCGUCUUCGACGGCCACGGCGGCCCCGUGGUGUCGGUGCUGCUGAAGGACCACAUGCACGUGAUCCUGGCGGACGAGCUGAGCCGCGCGGCCGCAGCCUACCGGAACAAGCAGCACCAAGGCGAAGAGGCGGAGCUGUGCGCGUGGAAGGGCGCGCUGAGGCGGAGCUUCGCGCGGGCGGACGAGCUGGGGGUGUCGGGGGUGCCGGCGGGCACCAUCAUGGGGUCCACGGCGGUGGUGGCGCUCGUGGUCCGCGGCCGCAUCCUCGUGGCCAACUGCGGCGACUCCCGCGCCGUGCUGUGCCGCGCUGGCCGCGCCGUCCCGCUCUCCCAGGACAACAAGCUGGCACGGCCGGACGAGCUGGCGGCCGCCGGCGGCGUGAUGUACCACUACGAUGUGGUGCCGCGCGUGCAGGGGAUCCUUAGCAGGUCGCGAGCGCUCUGCAUGCAUUCGUCGUGUCAUGUCACAAGCAAACAAGCCUCCUUCCUGGCUUUGUCAGCUACUGCCUACUGCGCAAUGCCUCUGUUGGCAUUGGUAGGAGAGAUGUGGCAUUUUGUCAAUGAGAGAAGAUAG